AUGCCUCCUGACGGUCCAAGAAUUACCCUUAAUUCCACCGACUGCCCUCCCACCGACUCCCCUCCCACCCGAUCUACUAUUCCAAACCCUCAGCCAGAUCAACAUGCAAACUACACAUACCAAGGCAGUGGUCUCAUACCUAUCGAAGAGGAUAAUGACGCUCCACUUUCAGACGUGCUCCGCGAUUACCAGAUUGUUGGCGAAGAUGGGCGAUACUGGACCGACAAACUGCUGCGCCAUAUUUUGACCAGAGAUCGGGUCCAGUAUGAGCUCAAGAGAUCAGAAUACGCUUUCAGAGACAUUGAUGAUCUUGUCAACAAAGUUCAUCCGCUCGAAGGUAGCACUCAAACGGAGUCAUACCUCAAGGUCUUUGCGCUUCUCCUGCUUCAGGACAAAGUGAAAGAUCUCGAGCUGUUCAUCAAGGACACGGUGUGCGAUGAAAAACUGCCCAUCAUCCUUGAGAAGGCCAGGCGUGGAUACAGAGUUUAUUCCUCAAAAAACCCGUCAAAACUCCUAGAGUGCUUCGGAAACUGGCGGAGUGGCGAACACGAGGGGUUUGAGAGAGACCAGUGGAACGUCAUGACAACGUUCUUUGGACUAACCAAGGACAAAACCUGCAAGGAGUUUGAGUUGACGUCUAGGAUGUCGCGGCCAUGGCGCAAAUUCCAGUUCACCGGCACCAGUGACAGGGUAUUGCAUGCCUCGGGCACAUACGGAACGGUCACUCGUGUCGAGUUUCACCCCACCAGCCAUUCUUUCCAAGACGCCCUUAGCGAAGUCAACAUAGAUAUAAGUGGCUUUGCCAUCAAGACGCUCCAUGGCACGAAACCUGAAGACGAACCGCAAUUUCGUCGAGAACUCGACCAGCUGAAGCGAUUCAGCGGCGUUGCGCAUAGCCAUCUAGUGACCACAUUGGGGGCCUUCAAACAUGGCGACAAGUGGAAUUUCAUCUUCCCAGGCGCCCAUUGCGAUCUCGAUGAGUACUUAGAACAGCACGAUUCUUCCUGGACUCAUGGUGCAGUUGAUUGGGCUUUCAAGCAGCUUUUGGGCAUCACCGGCGCGCUUGACACAAUCCACAACCCCAGUCACCUCAAUCUGGUUCCCGACAUUGUGAAUAGAUACGGAAGACAUGGAGACAUCAAGUGUGACAACAUCCUUUGUUUCCCCGUUUCAGCGCAGUCGGAUCAAUACCACUUGAUCAUUUCUGAUUUCGGCAUCUCAGCCUUCAACCGGGACACAAGCCGGUCCAACAUUCCGAACGAGAAAGUCCCGGGCGUUCCAGGGUAUCGCCCGCCGGAGUGUGAUGUGACGGGUGGCAAGAUUUCCAGAUCUUUCGACAUCUGGACUCUUGGUUGCCUAUUCCUCGAAUUCAUCACAUGGGUGCUUGGGGGCCGAGACCUUCUUAAAGACUUUCGUCACAAGAGAGUGACCACGUACCUCAUUACCGGUGCUAAUAACAACAUGUUCUACGUACUGAAAAGAACAGAGAACGGCGGAUAUGUGGCACAGGUCAAACCUGAAGUCACCAAAUGGAUUCAGCGAUUACGACGCCAUGAGAACUGCUCUCAGUUGAUUCAUGAUGUCCUGGACCUGAUUCAACAUGAGAUGCUGGUUGUUUUGGAGGACAAACAAAAGAAAGCACCUAUUGGGUCGACAGGCAAGCGAUCCUCGUCCGGGGAGCUGAAGAAUAAGCUUGAUAGAAUCCAACGCAAAUGCACCGAGGCCUACUGCACAAAGGGACUUCCAAGGGAUGACAAGACAUCACUCCUUGCCCCAGCUGUAGAGGUAGAACUGAACUCGUUUGCCAAGGUUUCAAUCUCCCGACAAGACAAGGCGGUGGGGGAGUAG